AUGAGCAAGACAGUCGGUGCUGUUCUCAAAGAAAUUGUUCCACCAGCUACGAAAACAACAUUGAAAGUCACAGUUGUCGGAGUCGGACAAGUUGGAAUGGCAUGUGCUUACAGCAUUCUGCAGCAGGGAUCAGCGAGUGAAUUAUGCUUGGUGGAUAUGGUUGCGGACAAGGUGAAGGGAGAAAUGAUGGACCUCCAGCAUGGUCUUGCAUUCGCGGGUCGAUGUAAUAUCCAGGCCAGCACAGACUACUCUAUCACGGCUGGGUCGAAAAUAUGCAUUAUCACAGCCGGGGCUCGUCAAAAGGAAGGAGAGUCGCGGCUUUCGCUGGUGCAGAGAAACGUCGACAUUUUCAAAGGAAUCGUCCCCAAACUUGUUCAGAAUUCUCCAGAUACUCUUAUCAUGGUCGUGUCAAAUCCAGAUUCCGUUUUAUGCUGUCAGAAAAGCUCAAAAUCGCUCCAUCUUCUUGCCAUGGAUGAGCAUGGGCUCCAUGCCAUAACAGAUGACGUCUAUCUAUCGGUUCCGUGCGUGGUUGGCACGAACGGCGUCACACAUGUAGUAAAACAGAAUCUCAAUCCGGAGGAAAUCGAAAAGCUUCAUAAAAGUUGGAAGACCCUAUUUGAGGUGCAGAAGCAACUUAAGCUG